GAGAUCUCGGCCGUGCUGACCAACAACGCAACCCCUCUCGACGGACUCACCAUCAAAGCUUCCAAGAAUGCGAAUGAAGUGACAGCUGCAUACGAAAUCGAGGAGACGACCCUUGAGAUGAUCAUUCACUUCCCAGCCACCUACCCUCUCCGCCAGAUCGAGGUCGAAAGCGGAAACAACCGCGCGGGAGUCAGCGAGGCGCGCUGGAGAUCAUGGCUCCUGGCAGCCACCGCUAUAAUGGUGUCGCAGUCUGAGUCGAUCCUGGAUGCCCUUCGCAUCUUCCACAAAAACAUCUCCAUGCACUUUGAAGGGUUCGAGGACUGCGCCAUCUGCUAUUCCAUCAUCGGGGCCCUCGAUCGUGCUCUGCCUACCAAGGAGUGCAAGACAUGCAAGCACAAGUUCCAUGCGUCGUGCCUGUAUAAGUGGUUCCGAACGAGCAACCAAUCGUCCUGCCCACUGUGCCGCAGUCAGUUUUAG